UUUAGGGGCUCUUGGCUUUGGGGCUCAGUGCAAGUCCAUUGGAAAAGGCAGCUGCAACAAUCUAGUGGUCACCAGCAGUCCCAUGAUGGUUCAGCGACUGGGACCCAUUUCACCUCCAGCAAGCCAGGUCUCUACAGCAUGCAACCAGAUCAGUCCUAGCUUACAGAGGGCAAUGAAUGCAGCCAACCUGAAUAUACCUCCUUCAGAUACCAGGUCCCUUAUUUCACGGGAGUCUCUGGCGUCCACGACGUUGAGUUUGUCGGAGAGUCAGUCGGCCUUGAGCGUGAAACAAGAGUGGUCACAAAGCUACAGGUCUCUCCCUUCACUUUCCUCCAACCACAGCUCUCAGAAUGGCGUUGAUCUAGGGGACCUCCUUAGCCUUCCUCCCGGGACAUCCAUGUCUGGCCAUAGCAUCUCUAACUCAUUGCCACCCUACCUUUUUGGCAUGGAAAAUAGCCACUCUCCGUACCCUAGUUCCCGACACUCAUCCACCAGGUCCCACUCAGCCCGCUCAAAGAAGAGAGCGCUCUCUUUGUCCCCGCUGUCUGAUGGCAUCGGCAUAGACUUCAACACCAUCAUCCGCACCUCGCCCACGUCCUUGGUCGCCUACAUUAAUGGAUCGCGGGCUUCCCCAGCCAACAUGUCCCCGCAGCCGGAGGUCUACGGGCAUUUCCUGGGAGUGCGUGGCAGUUGCAUUCCCCAGCCGUGCGCGGUGCCCAGUACCCAGAAGGGCGUACUGGUGGCCAGUGGGGGACUGGCACUGCCCACCUAUGGCGAGGAUAGCACACAGGAGUAUGAGCGCAUGCAGCAGCUGGAGCACGGUGGCCUGCAGCCCGGGCAGGUCACCAACAUGGUGGUGCAGCACAGCCUACCAGCUGAUGACCAGCCGGCCAGCAUGCUCAAGACUGAGCGUCUGGAGGAAUUCCCAGGCAGCUCACUAGACUUGCCCUCUGCACCCCCUCUCCCUCCUCUGCCACCACACCAAGGUCCCCCACCCCCCUACCACGCCCAUCCGCACCUUCACCACCCAGAGCUCCUGCCCCAUGCCCAGUCACUGGCCCUGCCCCAAGCUGCCCUAGAUGAUGAAGGCGAGAUGGACGACGUUGGGGGCAAGCACUGCUGUCGCUGGAUAGACUGCAGUGCCUUGUAUGAGCAGCAGGAGGAACUGGUGCGGCACAUCGAGAAGGUCCACAUAGAUCAGCGCAAGGGGGAAGACUUCACUUGCUUCUGGGCUGGCUGCCCUCGAAGGUACAAGCCCUUCAACGCCCGCUACAAACUGCUGAUCCACAUGAGGGUGCACUCCGGGGAGAAGCCCAACAAGUGUACGUUUGAAGGUUGCAAGAAAGCCUUUUCAAGGCUUGAGAAUCUCAAGAUUCAUUUGCGGAGCCACACAGGCGAAAAGCCAUAUCUGUGCCAGCAUCCGGGCUGUCAGAAGGCAUUCAGUAACUCCAGUGACCGUGCCAAACACCAGAGGACACAUCUGGACACUAAACCGUAUGCUUGUCAAAUUCCAGGAUGUACAAAACGCUACACAGACCCAAGUUCCCUAAGAAAGCAUGUGAAGGCACAUUCUUCCAAAGAUCAACAAGCAAGGAAAAAG